CCUCACACAAAAGCGAACGCCAACAACAGAUAUGCUAGGAACAAUAGCAGCGGAUCUUCUUCUACUGGUCAUUGCAGGAAUAUUAUCAGUAAAUGGUAAUCUUCAGGACGACCUCCGACAGUGUCCGACUUUCUUGCCACGGACACAACUCGUGAAGUCGUACAACGAGAAGUGUCUUUACCUCAUUACGGGGAAACUUUCCUGGAACAAUGCCAAGUCAAAUUGCCAAAGCCAUGGAGGUCGUUUAGUGCAGAUUCAGGACCAAGACAAACAGGACUUCGUCUACAAUACACUGAAGUCCAUGCACUGGGGAGACAGGGGUGUGUGGAUAGGAGCCACUGACCACGACAGUGAGGGGACAUGGAAAUGGACAGACGGUACAGCAUUGUCCUACGGUCACUGGCAUCCAGGUGAGGGGCCGUCUCAUAAUGGAUUCCUCUUCUCUAAGGCUGGAUACGAGGACUGCGCUCUAAUGCGGAUCGAUGACAGCGGGAGAUGGCACGACUAUGAUUGUGGGACAGCUCUGUAUCAUCAUACAUCCGUUUGUGAAUAUGAAAAAGUGCCGUUACCAACGACAAUAAUGCCAACGACUAUGACGGCGGCGAUGAUGACAACAACAACUAUGCCAACUACAACGACAACAAAUAUGCCAACUACAACAACAGAUAUGCCAACUAGAACAACAAAUAUGCCGACAACAACAACAACAACUAUGCCAACUACAACAACAACAAUGCCCACUACAACAACAACAACAACAGCAACUAUACCAACUACAGCAACAACUAUGCAAACAACAACAAAUAUGCCAAGCACAGAUAGAAGGGCAAAUGUUGAUAACAGAUACGACGCUCUGGUGGACAGGCAAGAGGACAACGACGGGAGCAGUACAGCGGUUAGUGGAGUAGUGAAUGAAGUGAACCAAUGUACAGAACAUUCAUCAGGAUCAUCUUUGACCAGAUCUUACUACGACAUUUGCAUAACUUUUGUCAGCACUAAAAGGUCCUGGAAUGAUGCAAAUCAUGCUUGUAGAAGCCAAGGAGGACUAUUGGUCCAGAUCACAGACAGACACAUGCAGGACUUUGUGUUUGAAGUGCUAACAUCGGAACACUGGGCAGACACUGGUGUUUGGAUUGGUGCCACAGAUGACGAUACCGAAGGCAGAUGGAUAUGGAGUGAUGGUAGCAACAUCACAUACUCCAACUGGCACCCGGGUGAAGGACCGGUCCAUCAUGGUUUUCUGUUUUCCUCAGCUGCUUUAGAGGACUGUGGUAUAAUGCGUGUUGACGAUAACGGUCGUUGGCAUGACUACAGUUGUGGAAAUCUCCUGUUCCGCCACUCCUACAUGUGUCAAUACCAUAAGUGUGUACUGCUCCAUCCGAAUGAUUCCUUCGUCCAAUUCUACAGCGAUUCCUGUCUUACUUUUGUCACUGGUGACAAGUCUUGGAAUGAUGCGGACACUAACUGCGGGAGACAUGGAGGAUUGUUGUUACAGAUCCACAGCCAACAGGACCAGGACAUCGUCUAUGAGAGCCUGAAGUCCCUACACUGGAGUGACUCGGGGGCGUGGAUAGGGGCUACAGAUAGUGGUAGUGAGGGACACUGGAGAUGGAGUGAUGGUACGUCUGUUAAUUAUGGUCACUGGAAUCCUGACGAAGGGCCGUCUCACAACGCCACUAACGAGAACUGUGCCAUGAUCAGUGUGGAUGACGGGAUGUGGUAUAUGACAAUUCAAGAGAGACAUAUACAGCGAUUGAUUACAACCAUGUAUCUGUUACUUUUCCUUGGCUUAUUUGGCGUUGCAUUGUCUCAAACCAGUACGGACUUAACACAUUGUCCAGGCUCAGUACCUCGGAACCAAUAUUUAAAGGUUUACGGCGGCAAGUGUCUGCAAUUCGUCCUUACUGAGAGAGCGUGGACCACAGCACAGUCAGAUUGUAAAAGUAGGGGAGGUGAUUUGAUGAUGAUAAAGGAUGCUAGUAAACAAACCUUUAUUUACAAUAGCUUGAAGAGUCUACAUUGGCGAUAUAACGGUCUCUGGCUUGGAGGUUCCGAUAGACGUACGGAGGGCACCUGGCUUUGGGUGGAUGGUACUCGCAUGUCGUACGGGAAUUGGCAUCGGGGACAGGGUCCUAGAGCACACCACGGGUGGCUCUUCUCGUCUUCGAGCCUGGAGGAUUGCGCCCAGAUGAGAUUGGAUGACGGCGGGAAAUGGCAUGACUAUCCAUGUGGCGGGUUGCAUUACGUAUACUCGUAUGUCUGUGAAUACGCGUUUUCAUCAAAUGUCCAAACAACUGCAGCUCCCUCGCAUACCCGUCCACGAACAACUACCCGUCCACGAACAACUACCCGUCCACGAACAACUCAACGACCUAAAACAACUCCUCGACCAAGGACAACUCCACGUCCCCGGACAACUCCUAGACCCCAGACAACUCCACGUCCCCGGACAACUCCUAGACCCCAGACAACUCCACGUCCCCGGACAACUCCACGUCCCCGAACAACUCCACGUCCCCGGACAACUCCACGUCCCCGGACAAAUCCACGUCCCCAAACAACUCCACGUCCCCGGACAACUCCACGUCCUCGAUUAACUCCCAGGCCACAAACGACUUUACGACCAAGAACAACAGUAAAACCUCGACCUACAUUUGCACCAGCGACCACAGCGAGACCGUCUAACAAACCAAAACAAUCUGUGAGACCACAGACCACAAGCAGGCAUCACUCUACAAUAAAACCACGUGUUUCCUCACACCAGCCAAACAAAUAUGCACCAUCGAUUGGUAUAAGAAAACGACCUUUUGGAGCUUCACAACAAAGGACGCGAAAAACAAAGACGUCGACAAACGAAAAAGGUGUUAUUGUCGGGGUGGUGGUUGGUGGAUGUGUCACCGUUGGACUAUUAGCGGCCGUAUUUGGUAUCCUCCUUCGCAGGAAACGUUCAGCUGCCAUGAACGCCACGAUGUCCGUUGAUAACAAAGUAUAUGGGAUGUCACCUGAUAAGAGAGAGGCCUAUUAAUGGUCUCAAAACGAAGCAUCUGAAGGUAGCCUGUUGAAAUCUGGUUUUCAGUACGUGGAAUGCUACAAAGUUGGCAUAUGAAAGUCUGAAAUACAUAUUGAUUUACAAUUAGUGAAAAGGACUGUGAUGAAUUGAUAAUUCAGACUUCUGUCAGGUAUUUCAGGAAAAUGAACCACGCUAAUAAGUAUUGCUAUAUUAUACUAAUGACCAUAUUAACAUUUAUGAGAAUAGUGAUAUUUUCAGGGAAUUGUACUCCAAAAGGCAUAUGUUCUUGGUUUCCAAAAUCUAAAUACUCAAUAUGAAUGAAAACUAAUAUAACAUGUGUCUCCCCUCAUGAAGAAGUGAUAAAAAAUUCUGUUUUUUUAUGUGUUUUGUGUGAGAAUGUCAUGAUGUAUCUGUGUGUGUUUCAUCAUGUGUUGUUGAUAUUGAUAAAAAAGUACUGUCAGGCUUCGUUAUCCAGAACUAUGAUUACUGGAAGUAGAAAAUCUGUUCCAACCGGGAAAUGUCUAUAUAAAAUAUACUCGGAUAUCUUGAAGUUUUUUUCAUGACCUACUGACUUCGAGACAAUUAAACGAGGUCCGAAGGUAUACUGAAUUUUCCAUGAUUUUAUAAACUUUUUAAUUCACACGCAUUUAUUUGAAAUCUAAAAGAGACAAAUGGUAAACGUGCGUUUAGUAUCUUGUGUUACCUUUAACCAUGUCAAGGUCAUGUUCAAGGUCAGAUAACGAUUAUCUAUCAGUUUGAUACCUGAGAGGUCCUUGUUUUUAUGUACCGAAUGAUGGCUUAAGGUAGUCAGACUCUGCGCUGCGUUGUACCUUCAAGGAAGUCUUAUUUAAAUUUGCGGACUAUUUGUUUGAUCGGAUUCGCCAGUCCAUUUAACAAAAAUGUUACCGCUAUUCCUAUUUUACAAAAGCAACGUCUCCGUGAUUUGAUCUCUGGACUUUUUAUUUACCAAUCGUGCUUCCGGUUCCUGCAAGCUUUGGUGCUUCAUUACUGGACGAUUAUUAUAAUAUAACUCUGAAAUUCUCUAAAAGCAGAACAACAAAAAUACCGAUAUUAUAACCAUACCUUAUUUAAAGUCUGAGUACGGAGAAAACAAUUUGACAGGAACCAAGUAUACAAGUAUCAUUAUGUUUUCCAUGUUGUGUGGUUGCGUGUUGUAAUGUGUGUUUUCCUUGUUUUAGUGAAAUGUUGUAGUGGUGUUAUUUUGAUGUAGUAAUCUGUGCUUACCAGAAUUUAAAGGUACGAACUUUUCUGUCCUAGUUUCAUAUUAGAACUAUGGUACAGUUCUCACAUAUCUUUACAUAUACCUAUAAAAGUGUAAAUGAAAGUGUAAAUAGUUUCAAUGUUUUCAUAUCUCAUUCACGUGCCCUUUUUCAUAUCGUAUUUUCUUUCAAAUGAAGUCCUAUAUACUGCAUACAUGUAUUUUGGAUUUUGUUAAAAAUAGCAUAAUAUAUAAAUAAAACUAUG